UGUGCCCAAACCUCAGUGUGUAAAAAAUAAUGCUGCAUAAAUUACUGAGCAUGUAGGACAACACUGCAAACCCUCUACCCGAGAUAAUGAUCAAACAACAACGUGUCCAGCACCUCUGGACCAUAAAAGGGAGGAAUCUUCUGCAAACUGACCUACGUUUUCAGCUUGUGUGCAGCGCUGUGACGCCGUUAAACCAGCGAGCUCUUCAUGUGUUUUUGAACAACGGCCGCGGAGAACGCUGAUUGGAUGAAUCCCAAACAGGAAACAGAACCUGAAGUGUACUUACUCAAGCCCUCACCCGCUAGGGAAACAUUUAUAACUGUAAGGCAUCACUCAGGAGGCGGCGCCAUGGACAGUCGUUGUUACGGCUGUGCAUCAAAGUUUAGCCUCUUCAAGAAGGAGCUGGGCUGUAAGAACUGUGGACGGUCCUUUUGCUCCAGCUGUUUAACUCUCAGUGCUGUUGUGCCUCGCUGUGGUAACACCCAGCAGAAGGUCUGCAAGCAAUGUCAUGGUAAUCUCACAAGAGGGGAAUCUUCAAACAAUGCUGGAAGAUGGUCCCCUCCAGAAAACUACAAAAAACGGGUCGCUGCACUCGAAGCCAAACAGCAAGCGCAGUCCACACAGCCUUGUGUGCAUGGAGGUAGCAGAAAUGGCAAACCGGUCCAUCUACCAACCAAAGGGCUUAGCAAAGAAGACCACGCUAUUGCUGAGAGGCUUCAAAAGCUAAAGGAGGACACUAAACCCAAGUCUAUCCCUUCUGAAAAGGAGAUUGAGUCACGUCUUGCUGCCCUGAAAGCUCCCAGCCAGCCAGCGUCUUCUGCAGAAGAGAUAGAGGAUCGUCUGGCAGCUCUGCGAGGUCAGCCACCUCCAUCUCAAGCUCCUCAACCAGUACACCAGCCUCCUGACACCCGGACUCAGACUGAACAAGCCAAUGAUUUGAUUACUCAGAUGACAGAAGAAGUUGCCAUUGAUGACCAAAAAUCAAGCCCAGAUAGUGUAGAUAUGAAUGAUCUCAACAAAGGUGAGGGUGCUGCUUCGGACGAGAACCUGGAGGACAACCAGGGAGCAGCCAGGCAGCAGGAAGCAGAUAAGGACCGGCUGCUUGAAGAAGCCAUGCAGGAACUGAGAAAUGAGCACCAUUCCCAGGAUCAGAUCCUCCACAUGGCCAAGAGGCUGGCACAGCUGAAGGGUCAGGACCCAGAUAAAGUCACAGCAGAAGAUUUCAAACAACCUGACAGUGAAGAAGAGACUGAGGAAGAAGCUGUGAGGAGAGUUCUGAAACAGCUCUCAGAAGAAGCUGCACUUGAUGAAGCCAGCGGAUACAACAUACCUGUAGAACCAAGCGGACCCAAGAACAGAGAAAAAAAGAAAACCUCUAAAAAACCAACUCUCGCACUGAAGAGCAGGACUUCUCCGGGCGCUGCUGCACAUCAGCCAUCAGACAGCGACGACGAAGAACUUCCAUGGUGCUGCAUCUGUAACCACGACGCCACCCUCCGCUGCCACACCUGUGAUGGAGACCUGUACUGCAGCCGCUGCUUUCGGGAGGGCCAUGAUAAAUAUGACAGGAAGGAGCAUCGCACCAGUAGCUACACUGCUCCAAAGAAGAAGAGGAAGACAUAAUGCUAAAGAUGUUUGUCUUAUUAAUCUCUGACCUUUCAUGAUUGUAGGACCUGCUCUUUAGUCUCAUUGGAUGUACUGUGGUUAUCUAAAACAGCUUCUUAGAAAAUGUAAACACUACUGGAAACCAGAGCUCAUUAUAACAGAUCAACUUUCUGUGCCUAUUAAUCGUAAUAAUAAAUGCCUUCUGACGUUUUUACUCAUUAGACAUGUCCCAGCCAGAAACUUGAUUGUAUUUAUUGGGAUUUUAUGAGAUAAACCAACACAAAGUAGCACAUAAUUAUAAAGUAUCUUUAGUUUGGCCAUUUGUAUUCAGCCCCAGAUUGGUCGGAGAGUGUCUCUAAUAGGUUUUGAUCUAAACUUUUCCGUUGUAGCUCUAACUUUGUGUUUAGUUUAGUUUAGUUUUGUAUCCCCAUAGUAUGAUACUGCCACCACCAUGUCUCACAGUGGUGAUGGCAUGUUUAGAGUGUUCAUAAUUAUUUAAAUGUUCAUCCAGUAGUUCAUUUUCGUUAAUUUGACAAGAUCAGUUUCUGUCAGAAAGGCCAGAUUUGUCCAGAGCACGACUCAUAGUUGUCAUGGUAAAAGAGUCUUCCACCUGAGUUGUGGAUCUCUGCAGCUCCUCAGGAGUUACAAUGGGCCUCUGGGCUGCUUCCGGCCUGACUCUUUAGGUGGAUGACCAUGUCGUGGUAGGUUGCAGCUGUGCCAUACCAUUCAGCAUUUUUGGUUGAUGAACUAACAGACAUCGAGGUUUGUGGUUGUGACGUGACAAAAUGUGAAAACGUUUGAGGGGUUUGAUUACAUUUGCAAGGCUAAAUGGAUUAAAAAUACUUUGUAAGACUUCUAGUAGCGGUUAGACUAAAAUUAGACACAAUCUUUAAAUAACUGCAAAGCACUACAUGUAAUAUCUGAACCCUAUCUUUUUAGAAUGUGUAAAAAGGGUAUUUUGGGUUGAAUCUGCUAAACAAAGAACCGCUUGGAACUGUCAAAGUGAAUAGAAAGCAUCAUAAAUUUGUUUGAAGCUGUCCUUUUUCAUGACAACAAAGUCUCAUCCUAAGUGUACUUUGCACUGGUCACUAUUUGAGUAUUUUUGUAUUUUUUUCAGCAGAAACAUCUAUCAGACAGGUUAUGAGCUCACCCGGGACAGCGUGCACUCACUCACAGACUGCUGUCAGCUCCAUGCAGGAGAAGCACAGACGAGUCGGUGUAAAAGAAUCACUGAGGCCUUUGUUCCCUUUGUUCUUGUCUUUGUUUGGCUGUAUUUCUGUCAUGAGCACUGACUUUCUUGUUCUCAUAAUUUGCUUCUAAAUGAGGCUAAACAGUCUGUCUUUAUCACAAUUGUUAUGGUUAUUUUUAACAAAGCUUUUUUUAAACAGUUGUCAUUAUUUGAAAAAACUGUCUGCCUGGCACGUCCUGUUUGUGCUGUAUGUAUGGAUUCUUUGUCAGCGAAGAAUGAGUCAGUCGGACAAGUUGCUGUAAUGGAGCCGUCAACAGAAAGACUCCCGUGAAUGACAGUGAGAGGACCAAAUUGCAGUUUUUUACUGUCCAUUAUUGCACAUCAAACUGAGGGGAAGCCAUCAUCACACUCUCCUCUGGGGCUUUCUUCAUUAAUGGUGGCCAUGUUCUCCUUUUCUGGCCAUGUCAUGCACCGCCCCACCACCACAGAAAGGAAAUGGAUGGGUAUAAUGGGUGCACGCUUAAUGGAACAUCCUGCGGCUGAUUUAAUGUGUUUACUCCUAGACCUGGCAUGUCGACGCCUCCAUUGUUUCCAUCACUCUGAUGAAAAAUUCAUGUCAGAAAACAGAAUGCUGAUGGGUAUUCUUUCAGCUGUGUCCAGACAAAGUACUGCAGGGUAUAAUGAAUAGCGAUUUUGAUAGCAAAGUGAUUUUGUUAGUGCUGUUAAUUUAGUAAUGUAUCUGUGCAUUUCCAAUAAUUAGAAUUUGAUAGGCAAUAUCAUUUAUUUUAGUAAUUCAAUUCAAAAAGUGAAUCUCUUGUUAUAUAGAGCUGUUUCGCACAGGGUGAUAUAUUUCAAACAUCAUUCUAUUAAUUUUAAUGAUAAUGGCUUACAGCGAAUUGCUGGAUAUUCACAGAGUACUGUGUCCAAGCAGGUUAAUUGAAAAUUGAGUGGAAGGAAAAAGUGUUAAAGAAGAGUAGAGAGGUUGCUUGAGGUCCAGUGAACUAUCCACAGUCAGGACUUGUGGUAGUACCUGGUUUAAUGCUUGAUUGGCCUGCAAACUCAGCUGACCCCAAAUCGCAUUGAGAAUCUUUGGGGUAUUAUAAAGAGGAAGAUGGCUGAACCCAAACCCAGCAAUACAAAUGAACUGAAAGCUGCUUUUAAAUCAGGAUUGGCUUUCUUGACAUCUUGGCAGUACCACUGGCUGACUACUGCCAUGCCACUCUGCCAUUUCUGAAGCUGCAGUCUCCUUUUUGCUUUGUCUUGUAUUUCUUGUUUCUAUAGAAACUGAAUUUGGGGUUUUCAUUAGCUGUAACUCAUAAUCCUCAAAAUUAACAGAAACAAACACUUGAAAUACAUCUCUGUAUGGAAUCUAUAAAAUAUUUGUCUACUUGAAUUGAAAUACUGAGAUAAAUCAACUUUUCAGUAAUACUCAAUUAAAAUUGAACCUGUAGUUGCAUAAUUAAUAUCUAAUAAAGCCCACUGGUUAA